AUGGGUGGCCGUCUGACAACUCCGCCAUCGUCGGCAUCGUCAUCAUCAACAGCUGCUGCUUCGAACGCUGCUGCCGGUUUAUCACAUCCACGUACUAAUAGUACAAGUCGUUCUUAUCAUCAUCAACAACAACAACAUUCGCUUGGAUACCGUCAUCGUUCUAGUAGUGGUCAUCACAAUUCUCAUGGAUUAUUCGGUGGUAACGCUGCAACUAAUACUCGACAUCGUACGACAUCGACGAAUAUCGAUCCAUUAGGAACAACAGCAUUCAAUUUGAACCUAUUACGUUAUGUUGGACUUGAACAUGAAUCGGAUGAUGCUAGUUCAGAAGAUGAUUCUCCUCAAGCUCAUCGGCGACUACAACAUUUCAUAAUUGCUCUGCGUGACGUUUCUUGUCCCGUGUGUCAUAAAACAAUCCCAAGUGAUUCAUUUGAUAAACAUAUUCUAAAAUGUUUAUCGAAACCACGAAUAGAUUAUAACGAAGAUACACUGACGGAAGAUAAAGGCGAAUGUGUCAUUUGUCUUGAUGAUUUAUUAAUAGGACAGAAAAUUGCUCGACUACCAUGCCUGUGCAUCUAUCAUAAAAGUUGUAUUGACAAUUGGUUUCGAAUCAAUCGAUCGUGUCCUGAACAUCCCGGCGAUUAA